AUGGUCUACGACUACUCCUCCCAGGUUAAUCCUAACCUGUCCUCCACCAACUUACUCAACUUAUCGUCUAGCACCAAGCCCAAGCCCGGCAGGAUCCAGGAACCGAAGCCAGGGAGACUCUUCCUAAACAGCAAUAGCAGUUUCACUGCUAUAAGUCCGGGAUUUUCCAACUUUUCACAAUUCCAACUCCCUUUGACACCACCGGUUUCAAACACUGGCACUCCUGUUAAAGAAAGGGACUCGUAUCCUCUCCCCAAGUUCUUGAAUAAGGGACAGGAUCAAUUGAAAACCAUCUCACUUGAAUCCAAAUGGCUUCCGCCCAUAGAUCUCAAGAUUUGCAUAUUGUGCUUCGCAUGGUACUUCUGCUCGGCCAUCUCUGGUAACUCCACUAAGUCGAUCUUGAAGCAGUUCAACUACUCCGUGACUCUUACGGAAGUGCAGUUCUUGUUGAACUGCUUCUUUUGCUUAGUUCUGUUGCUGUUGAUAUUGAACAACAAGAGCAUUGCCAACUACUUCCCUGUGGGGUUUGCUCCAAACUUGAACGAAAUGAAAUCCGUGAGCCAGUUCGUCCAGCCAAACAGAUUAGUGAUCAACACCACUUUACCCAUGGGAAUAUUUCAAUUUGUGGGCCAUUUAACGUCGCAUAAGGCCACCUCUAUGAUCCCAGUCUCCAUGGUAAAUACAGUCAAGGCAUUAGCUCCCUUGACCACCGUGUUGACUUAUAGAUUUAUGUUCCAAAUCAAAUACAAACUAGUUACGUAUUUGACGUUGAUACCCUUGGUAAUAGGUAUUAUGUUGACCUGCUACAAGCCCAAAAAGUCCGCCUCCAAUGCCAUUCCCUCGUACAAGACUGGAUUGUUUUACGGCUUUGUAUCAAUGCUUAUCUUUGUCUCGCAGAACAUCUUUGCCAAAAAGAUCUUAACUGUCAUCGAUAGGAAUGCUGCCAAAGAUCUCCCAAUAGCGUCCAAGCCAAAAGAAGAAAAGAAGCACGACAAGAUUACGAUCUUGUUCUAUUGUUCAUUGAUCGGAUUCAUAUUCACCUUGCCAGUGUACAUCAUUCUGGAGUUUAAACAUGAAGGCGGAGUUUCUCUUUUCAAGAUCAAUUUUACCAUUUUCAGCAUAAUGAUAUUGAACGGACUUUCACAUUUCCUUCAAUCCUUACUUGCAUUUCAGAUAUUGGGCAGCAUCUCGCCGGUGAACUAUUCCAUUGCCAAUAUGAUGAAGAGAAUCGUGGUUAUAUGCGUAGCCAUCCUUUGGGAGGGCCAAACAGUGACCUACAUGCAAGGAUAUGGAUUGGGGUUGACGAUGAUUGGGCUUUAUUGUUAUGACAGAUGGGGAACGAGGCAUUUAUGA